GUGGGAUUAUCAGGCACCGGAAAAAGCAGUGUAGUUCGAGUAUUAGCACAACUGAGUGGACAAAAGCUGCGUUCGAUCGUCGUAAACUCAGCUAUGGACACUACAGAGAUCCUUGGCGGCUUCGAACAGACUGAUUACAAUCGACAUUUGGAGCAGCUUAUUUCGGAUGCUGAGGAUCUAUUGAUCACAUCGAUAACGGAGAAUGUGGAGAGUAAUCGCAAGGACAUUUUCGCCGAUCUCCAUGGCCAAUUGGAAGUUGUUAAAGGAUUAUCCUGUGACGAGAGUCUCCCCAGGACGAUGGCCGCGGAGAUCGAUCUCUUUUUGCAGCGUAUUGAAGAACUUUUGAAGCUGACUUCAGCGAUGCAAGGACUCGAAUCAACACGAAACACUGAUCUGACUGAAAUCGAGAAUAAACUGGCAAAUCUCGCUGCACUUGUGAAGGAAGAUAAAUGUUUGAAUGCCGGUGGCAAGUUUGAAUGGAUCGACAGUGUGUUGGUGAAGUGUCUACGAGAUGGCACAUGGCUCCUUGUGGACCAAGUAAACCUGUGCAGUCCAGCAGUCCUCGACAGACUGAAUGGCCUCCUCGAGCCGAAUGGAGUUCUCACGAUCGGUGAACGAGGUACCGACUCAUCUGGCAACGUCCACACCAUAAAACCACAUCCCAAUUUCCGUCUCUUCCUCACCAUGGAUCCCAACUACGGCGAGAUAUCAAGAGCCAUGAGGAAUCGAGGGGUGGAGAUUUACCUUCCAGGACGAAAGGACAACCCUGAAUCCAAUACUCUGGACAUCAAGUCCCAGCUCUACGCUCUGGGGCUUCUGCGAGACAACCACCAAAACGCACUCAUCGACAUCAAUCAAAAGAUAUUGAGUGCCCACUUGGGAGGAAAACAAAUAGUAGGAGACAGUGAACUCCUCCAAGCUGCAUCGCUCAUCUCGCAGCAAGUGAAUCGAGGUUUUCCUGUCAACAAUGCAUUCAAAACCUCGUGCACCGACGUCUACAUUAAAUCCAGGAGCAUCCACGACCCCACCACCAAACAGACUCUUACCCAGCUGAUCGACAGCUCAAUAGCUUCCCACAAUUUGACUGAAGACAAGCCAUCGUACCUCGAAUGUUCAGAAAUGACCCCCAACAUCCAGGACUUCCUGAACAACGCCAGAACGUGCCUGUUGAAGCAGCAAAACACGAAUCUCCAGGCCAUCUGCAAGAAAUACGACGAGUGGUGGGAGACGUCGCACGACGACGACCUCCGAACCGAUUUCCUCGAUAAAAGCUACUUCCCCACGUGUCCAAGCCCCGUCGAAGCCAAUUGUCCAGUUGCAGAAGACGUAUUCCUCCAUUUCAUGAUAAACUUCUACGAGCGAGGAUGUGUGGACGACUUCCAGUUGAGGCUCGACUUCCUCCUGGAGAGACCAUCCACCUCGACCCUCGAUAUCUACGAUCACCUCUGGAACAAAUUGAAGGAGUUGAAGAAGAUCAUCGUGGAUACAGGUGACAGAUUCCCCAGUCAAUCCCUCCCCUGGCACCCCCUGACGUCCCCCUGUGAAUUCACCCCUGAGCAGUUCCAGUUGGCCCUCAAAAUCUCCUUGAUAACUUACAUCAAGAUAUAUCUGGCUGAAGCAGACAUUCCGGCAGGCUUGGGGCGUGCCUACACUGAGGUAACAGUCGAAGGUUUCUCACGAGCACUACUCGAGGGACUUGUCCCCUAUCGUGAGUGCACAGUCCUGGUGAUUCUGUUCACUCCAGUCGCUGAGAUGUUGAGCCAAUGGAUGCAGAUUUACAUUCUUCAUGUUCUCGAUAAUCUCAGCUACAAGAGCUGCAUCGAUUUUCGAAGGGAUCUGUUGAGCCUGAGACGAUUCUACGAUCAGGGUAAACAGAUACUCUACUACAGACGUAGGGACGAGCCUGAUGAUGAGGAUGAGAGGACUGAUAUCGUCGAGAGGAAUCUCCAGGUGCAUUACCAGUGGAUAUUGAAAUUUGUGGAGAGAACCCUCGACGAAUCCGAGGAGAUUGAGAACGCUGAAGUACAACAGACGAGGGAUAAUCUGAGGGAACUUUUGACUGAACUAACUCUGAAUCUCAAUUCAGACAACGAUGGCUUUAAAAAGCUCACAAGGAUCCUUCGAAAGAACAUGAAAUUUCUGCCUCCAUACAAGUCAGCUGAAAUAAUCACAAUUCACAAUCGAUUCCAGCGAAUUAUCAGCGAAUUUUCACCAGUGGGUGACAUACUCUCAUCCCCUCCACUCGCCUGGAAGCUGAGAUUAAUGCUUAUCCAAAUGAAAGAAUGCACAGAGUUACGGGAGAGUUUAAUUAAAACUUGGAAGAGCAUUUGUAUCAGUCAAAAUCACGAGGAGGCGAAUGGCGUUAUAUCUGCAGUGGAAAAGGUGUCCACUGACCAUAAAUUGUCCCUCAGUACUCCCGAGAAAAUAUCCCAGGCACUGGACUAUGUUUUGUCGAGCAGAACAGCGAAGGAAUUGAAUGAGUCAGCCCUGAAAAUUCAACUGUGGCCCAUUCACGAGUAUCUAUUCUUCUUACUGACCAAUAAAUUGCACAAAAUAGCUUGUGACAAAACGAUCAAAUCGGAGACCCGACCGGUUCGUUGCGAUGCGUUAUCAAAGUUCAUUAGAGUCCCCAGCAUACCAAUUAAUCUGAUCGCAGUGCUUAAUGCGAUUCCCAUCAAUGAGAGUAGAGUGGAGUAUUCACUCGUCUCUGAAUUAUUCUACCAGCUGAGAAAGUUCAGGGACAAUUCACUGGCCUUCAGAACCCCUGAGGCAGUCCUCAACUUCCCUGGAGUCAGUCGUGAUGAUGCUGAUAUGAUUGAAAUGCCCAAUGGACAGCAUGAGGCUACUCCACAUUCCGUCCUGCAACCCACUCUGAUCCUUCUCCUAUCGAAUCUGAUCCUCAACAAGACUGACAACAAGCGAGAGACUCCAGUGAUCAAAACAGCCAGUUUGGGCUCCUGCAAAGAAAAGAUUAAUCAACUGAAGCUGCUGAAUGAAACCAUCUGGAAGAACAGUCUUGCACUCACCUCCAAAGAGUACGAAUUCCAUGGCAGCGAUGUUGCUGCAUUGAUUGCUUCCGUGAUUAAUUACUUGAGAGCCAUCGACAACAUUGGAGGUGAUGAAUAUGCGAGAACAAUCAUCUGCAGUCCAAGAGUGAAUCUUCUGCCUAUUGCCUUCAGGUACGAGAUGGACUACCUUCGCCCUCUGAAGCUAUUGAGGAACUUUAUUGAGAUUUCAAGGCAACGUACACCAGAUACGUACAGUGCCAUCGACCUGGGAAUGAUGUGGAGUCAACUAGGCGCUCACCAGUUGUUCCUAUUCUCUGUGCUUGAAGUGAUCGACCCAGUGGAGAAAUUAGACUUGAAGAUUGAGUUCAUUGUAGACUGCAUUGUGGACCUGGAGAAUAUGAUUUAUUCGCUUGAGCGUGAUGGUGAGGUUUUGGGCGAUCACACAGUGGGAAUUCAUGAUCCAAGGAUUGUGGAGGCUCGCAGAGCUCUCGACAAACUGAACAUUGAGAAGGAUGAAUUGCUGGAGAGCAAAGGGUUCAGGGCUCCAAACGCCAAGUACUUUCAUCUCAAUCAGAAGCUUGAGAGUUUCAGGGAGAUCUUUGAGGAGGCAGCUGCAAUUGUUAUACCAAUUCAAUCCCUGUAUGAUGUGCUAUCAAGUGAAGGGAACGCACCACGAAGAAGUACACAAGAAUUCGUGACAAUCGUGAAUAAUUUGGUCAACAUUCUCCAGGGGCAUUACAGAUCUCUGCACGAAUUCUCGUCUCAACUGCGAGAGGAGUUCCUCGCUAAUUAUCGAGAUCUGGUCCAGCCUAUACUGAUAUCAAUGGUCCAUCUGCAGCACGGAAUGAAGAUUCUGAUUGAUGAGGGCCUAAGAAUGGUAGCAGAACGACAAUUGAGCUUUGAUUUGUCGUCCACUGCAGAGAGCUUCCUGUACAGCAUCGUCAGAUUUCCAACUGUUGGGCAUGAACAGGAGAAUCUGCUCCAUUUGAUAGACUUAUGCACUUGCAGGAGUACUAGAGAAUUCAUUGAUUCGAGAAUCGAUGCCAUGGAACUAGGGCCAGGACUCGGGAUCGUUGAGAUCUUCAGACCCCUGAAGAACUCUCUUUCAGAACUUUACAAUUAUACGAGUCUGACUGGAAGGGUGACACCGCAGAUCUGGGAGGUACUCAACCAACUUUCACUGCAAAUUGUUUUGAUAUGGCAGAAGAAGGAGAUUGAGAGGGAUCGAAGGAGGCAGCAGGAGGACUCUCUGUACAGACACAGAGCACAAACUCAUGGGGAAGUCCCAACAGAAGAGGAGGAGAUCAACAUGGAACUGCGUAGAUUAUUCCCAACGCAUCGUGAUGAUGAUUUUAGGGAGAUUGAUGAGGCUCAACCGACGUUGGAAGCUAGGGAUUCCACAGCUGAGGAGUUUCGAGGACACGAGGAAGAAACGAUCUUCGAGCAUCUGAUAACUGAUGAAGAUAUCCACGAAGUUUAUGAGAUUCAUUCCAAGCUCGUCCAGCACUUUGUUAAAGCUCCAUGGCUGGAGGCACCUGGUGACACCCCCAAACGAACCUACAUUGAGCCAUUGUUGGAGAGAUUCAGAACAUUUAACACACUCCUUCCCAGUGUUCAAUCAGCUCUGCCCUCUGACUUAUCCUCGAAACUGUACAUGAGCUUCAAUAUCCUGACGUCAGUGGCUGCCUGCAACAGUCAGGGCGAGAGAUUCUACGAGGAGUCCUCAUUCAACAGGAAACCCUACGAUUUCUACAAGUCACAGAACAUCGAAGAGGUGAAGCAUUGUCUUCCCAUGCUCGAUGCCACUUUGAAUAGAGUCAAUGAUCUCCUGAAGGAGUGGCCAGAGCACCCCACUCUCUCCUCCAUCCGCACCAUCAUCACACGAAUCCACAGCUUCUCCAUCGACUCACCUGUCUCACGAUUCCUGACAGGUCUCGAGCUUCUGCUCGUCAAGAUGAGAGAGUGGGAGGAGAAUGCUCACAGUGGAGUAAGUCUCGCUGAACACUCGACUUCUCUCACUCAACAGAUCAUCGAGUGGAGGAAAUUGGAGCUCAACUGCUGGAAAAGCUUUCUCGAGUCUACAUUCGAGAGAUUAAAAGCUAAAACAUCGAAAUGGUGGUUCUUGAUGUUUGGUGUUGUCCAAUCGUACUUGAAUAAAUCACCAGAAGUUCCAGAAGUUCAAGAAGAGAAUGCCACAACUGAAAACGAGGAAAUUAUCACAGCGAAGAAGUUGAUCGAACGAUUGGAGAAUUUCAUGAAUCAGUCUCCCUUGGUGGAGUUCCAGGCUAGACUGGAUCUACUCUACACUUUCCACUGUCACGUGUGCUGCGUCAAACCGAGUCCAGAGAGGGAUGAGCUACUAGCCAUCUUCUGGAACAUCCACAACUACUACAUUCAGUUCAGCAAAGAAGUAGAUGCUAAAAUAAAUUCUCUCAAGUCUCCCAUCGAGAAAAAGCUCAAAGAAUUCGUGAAAAUUGCUAGAUGGAAUGACAUCAACUACUGGUCUGUGAAGGAGACCGUUGACAAGACCCACAGGACGCUCUACAAAUUCAUUCGAGAGUACGAGAGUGGAUUGAAGCAAAACGUUGGCGUCUGCCUCCUGGUCAAACCCUCAAAUUACGAUUUGGAGGCGAAUCGAGGGGAAUGGGAUCGUUCCAGAGAUCGAGAGUACACGAUCGAUCCAAAGGACUUCAUCACUCCUCCACUUCCCACCGGAGGGACUGCUCUUCAGGUACAGAACAAUUUCAUAAACAGAAGUGCCAGUCUCUUUACGAAGAGCAAAAAACUUUGUGAACAGAUGAUAACAAAGUCGACGUAUCCUGCAUUGAGAUCAGAAUUGGAACAGUUCAUUGAAGACUCUAUGGCCCAUGCGAUCACCCUGAAGAACCUGGAGGUCGACAGGACAUUACCAAACUCCAAACAAAAGUCACAUGCCAAGAGUAUCCUCCAGCAGAAGAAGAUGGCUCUGGCUGACUACUUCAAGUCGUUAACUGGCUUUGGAAUGUCAUACAGAAAGGGAUUACUGGCCCUGAAGAAUCGACCUGACGACAUCAUCGACUUCACAGUUCCCCCAGUGGAAGUGUCCUCAGCCCUCAAGAGGUUUGAUGACCUCAAGAACACCGACCAGCAGAUGUUGGCUCAGUGGAGUGGCUGUCAGUCCUAUUAUUACAAAUCUCUGAUCAAAUUGAAUGCCCUGAACAGCGCUUUCAUGAAGGUUCAGACUGACCUGGGGGUCUCCAACAUGGAGAGGUGCAGUGGGUACUCCAAUCACCUGAUGCUCCUGGUUCACAACGAGAAGAAGAUCUUAGCAGAGAGCUUCGACAGUUUCCUAAUCCUCAAACAACAUAUUUCAGAACUGAUGAGGAUUGACACUGAAGAUGUCGACCUUCCAGUCCACGAAGACAUCAGUGCCUGUUCCAGUCGACUGAAGGAUCUGCUUUUGUUCCUUCAGAUUAAUUUCGAACAGCUGGGGAUCUACCUCCACUCGUGCCCCAGGGGUGAUGAUACAGAGGAUAGUCCAGAGGUCUUGCUGCUCGAGUCCAACGACAUUCCCAUGAUCAGUUCAAAGAAAGAUGACGAUGUCUGGAGGUCAGCACUCAGCAUCCUGAAGAGUUGUGCAGACAUUGUAUCCGAGGAGUUGAAAAAGCACGAGAAAAUGUUUGGACAAUCUCCACAUUCUGUUAUCAGAACAGGCAUUCACUACAAUUCCCUGGGGAUCAGUCAACAGAGUCUCCAGAAGAUCAGAGCCAUCAUCUCUAAUUUCAUAAGACUGUUCACCAAGGAUCAUCCCAUCAUGGAGACGAUCCACUAUAUUGAAACAAAGAUUGAGACAUGGAUCGUUGGUUUUACAGAACUUAAACGCAUUUCCACCACGAUAGUCGAUCCUGAGGACGUUAGAAUAACGAAGUUCAGUAAUGAUGCCGAGAAUCUGAUGAAGACUAUUCUUCUCGUUAUCCAGGACAAGUACAAAGAAGCAUCUAUCAGUGGGAACGAUGAAGUACCCACUGCUGAUGAUGGAGAUGCAGCAGUGCAGCAGAGGGGAGACGAGGAAGAAGUCCAGAGUUCACAACUACAGGAGAAUGGACUACGAGAGAAAUUAAUAGAGUCUUUAGAGAAGGACAUCACAAACUUGAGGCUGAAUGAAGUGAAUGAGAAAGUCGAGGGGCUCCUGGAACUCAGUCAGAAAAUGAAGCCAUCAUUCUCAUCACAAUCGAACUUGAUCUGGCGCAGAUGUCUCCCAAUUCUGAAUCAAUACCUCCUGUUCUCCCAAUUUUAUCUUCAUGAACAAGUUGCAUUGUUUCGAACGAGCUGUAAAUUCUUGUACAUUCAGCUGAACGUCUUCCUUGACCUGGCGACCAACGGUUUCUGUGUCCCAAAAGACCUCGAUCUUGGCGAUGCUGAGGCUGAUGAGGACGGUGAGCAACGAGACUCAGAUAAAGGGGGAAUGGGUCUUGUUGAUGGAGAAGGGAAGAAGGAUGUUUCAGAUAGGCUCGAGUCUGAGGAUCAGCUUGACGAUGCGAGACCAGCUGGUGAGGAGAAAGAAUCCAAAGAGGACAAAGAUUGCAAAGAGGAAGAGAAUGGUAUCGACAUGAGCGAGAAUUUUGAUUCGAAGCUACAGGACUUGGAUAAGAAAGAGAAUGAGGAGGACGAUGACAAAGAGAAGGACGAGGAUGAUGAGGAUCUUGAUAAAGAGAUUGGUGACACUGAAGAGGGAACUGAUCAGUUAGAUAAAGAGAUCUGGGGUGAUGAUCAGGAGGAAGAGGACACCGAGACGAACGAGACCGAUGAGCAGGGGUCAGGGGAGCAACUUGGGGACAAGGAGAUGACUGCUAAAGACGAGAAGACGAAGAGCCCGAAUGAAGAGGACCAGAGCCAGAGGGAGAAUCGCGAAGGGGAGGAGGAGGAGAAGGAGGAGAUUAACGAGAUGAACGAGCCAGAUGUCAAUGACGAUCAGAUCAAUCCUUACCAUGGCAACCAGGAGCCCCAACCAGAGCCUGAGGCGAUGGACCUGCCAGAAGACCUGAAUCUUGAUGAGGGUGAGGGUAAGGAGGACAAUGCCGAGGGUGAAGAGAACCCCUUUGAUAUUGACGAGAUGAAAGAGGCUAUGCCCCCACCAGAGGUGAAGGAACCAGAGGCACCUCAAGGAGAAGAGAAGAAAGAUGAAGCCCAGGACGAUGACUCUAGUGAUGAAGAGGAGAACGGCCCUUCAACGUCAGAUCCAGAGGUCAAAGACUUGGAUGAGAACGAGCAGAAUCCUGAGGAGGGAUCCAACCAAGUCCCAGAGGAAGGCACCAAGGAGGAGGAGCCAAAACCUGAGGAAACAGAGAAAUCUGGUGAGGAACAAGCAGUCCCGAGUAUGGACGAUGCCAGUGAAGAGACAGAUGCUGCCCAGGAAUCAAAAACAAAUGAUGGCUCUCACGAUAAAGUCCCCGAUAAGGAGAAUAAAAACGAGGAACAGGAGUCCUCGGCAACUGAGAAUAAUCAGGACGAUGGGGAGGACAAGGGGACAGGUCAGGCACAGUCUGAGGAGCCUGAGCACGGUCAUGUGGGUACUUCAUCUCAGAAAAACACACCUGUGCAGCGUCAAGAUGUGGAGCAGAAGCCACAGGAGAAGAGGAAGAAUCCUGGCGAGAGCGACGAGAAUCGUGCUCUAGUGGACAACAUCCAGCCUGAUAAGAAGAAGCAGAAGAUGAUUUACUCGAGAGAGGAGUCCUCUGCCAAUAACGAAGACGAUGAGGGGGCAGAGGAGGACAGGGAUGGGGACGUUGACAUGUGUGAGCACGUGAAGGAGUCCGAGAGGUACGAUAAUUACGCGACAGAUGCUGCGACUGAAGAACAAGCGAAAAAGCAGAAAACUGCGGAUAGGGAGGAAGAUCCUGAGGGGAAGGAUGAAGAGGAGCAAAUGGACGUGGACAUGCAUGAGGAGGAAGCUGUGGAGGAGGACGAAACGCGGAGAUUGACACAAAAUCCAGAGGAAACUCCAGAAUCAGAUGGAAAGAAAGAUAAGGAGAAGUCGAAGACGAGUUCAAGGGGUCAAGCUCUCGAAGAAUCAUCAAUGGAGACUCAAGUGGAGGUUGAGGGGGAGAAUGUCGACACACUUGGGGUUCAGAGGGCAGCAGAGUCCGCAUUCUAUACAAAUUUAAUCGAGGACACUUCGAUGACGAGAAUUGAGGAGGGAAGGCAGGAAAUCGAGAGUAUGUUGAGUCAAUGGAGAUCUACACCCACGACAGAAGAGGCUUUGACAGCCUGGAACAGCCUCUGCGCAGUGACAGAGAGUUCUGCGAGGGAUUUAUCAGAGAAACUGAGACUCGUGCUGGAGCCAACUCAAGCUACUAGACUAAGGGGGGACUACAGGACUGGAAAACGAAUUAACAUGAGGAAAAUCAUUCCUUACAUUGCCAGCCAGUUCAGGAAGGAUAAAAUCUGGAUGAGGAGGACUAAACCAUCGAAGAGAGAUUAUCAGAUUGUGCUGGCACUGGAUGACAGCAGUAGUAUGGCUGAUAAUCACUCGAAGGAACUGGCGUUCGAGUCCUUAUCACUGAUUUCUAAGGCAAUGGGGUAUCUGGAAGUUGGGGAACUCGGUGUUCUGAGUUUUGGGGAAACACCGAAGGUCCUCCAUCCAUUGGGGGCUUCCUUCACCGAAGAGAGUGGGUCCAGGCUCAUUCAGGAGAUGAAGUUCGAUCAGAAGAACACGAAGAUAGCGGAGUUGGUUGACUUCACUGUAGAUAUGUUCGAGGGACAGAGAACAGCAACUGAUAACGCCAAACUUCUUCUCAUUUUGAGUGAUGGAAGGGGACUCUCCUCUGAUGGACUUAACAAGGUCGUUCGUGCUGUCAGGAGGGCCAAACUCAAGGACAUCUUCAUUGUUUUCAUCAUUGUUGAGAAUCCAAACGGUAGAGACUCGAUUUUGGAUAUUCGUAAUGCAGUUUUUGAAGGUGGGAAAGUUGUUUUUUAUCCUUAUUUGGACAGCUUCCCGUUUCCAUUCUACAUGAUUCUGAAAGAUAUUAACGCACUCCCUGGCGUCCUCAGUGAUGCCCUCAGGCAGUGGUUCGAGGUCGUAGGGAAGAUUGAUGCUUAAUUUAUUUUUUUACUGAUUUGUGUUAAAUACAAUAGUUUUGUCUAGUUUAAGGAGCAUUUUUAUAACGCUCAACGUUCUUUCUAUUGUUUGAGUUACAUGUAAGACGUCAAAGAUGGGAUUUGGCCUGCAUUUUUUUAUAUGAACGUUAUUUAGGCUCAAUUCUUUCAUAACUGGAGUGUUACAAAAAUAAAGUAUUUUCUACUUUCACCGAUGUACAAGUUCGAACUGUUGGUUCCAUUCGAAUGACAUCACAUUUUUAUUCUUCAUUUGAGUAAUGCGUACUUGAGAGUGUAAAUAUUUAUGAAAAUAUAAAACUAUUUGGAUUAA